AUGACAUCCCUCAGUUUUGCUUUGUAUCAUGAUCAUGGAAAUGCUGAUAUUAUAAAUGUAAUGGAUUCAUUUACAAUGGUCAUUGGUGCCUUGUGUCAACAAUAUACAUGUGUCAAGAUGAAAUAUCUUUCUACUCGAAUAAUUUAUUUUUUCACAUUAUUAUUUUGUUUACUCAUUUAUAAUUAUUAUUCAGCAUGCGUCGUAUCAGCACGCCUUGAUGAACCUGUUUACAAAAUUAAUGACUCAUUACUUCAAAUGGUAAAGAUACCGAUGAAGAUGGCAUCAGAGAGGAUGGUUUACUUAGAAUAUUUUCUCAAAUCGCCAAUAUGGGAAAUUCGAGAGUUUUACCACAAUUAUUGGUUAAAGUUGCCAAAAUCAGAAAGAUUCAUGGAGCCCGAAAACGGCAUGGCAUUAGUUCAGAAAGGUGGUUUCGCUUAUCAUAUUCAUCCUGAUGUGGCUUACACGCUUAUUGAGAAGUCUUAUAUUAAUCGCGAGAUAUGUGAAUUGAUGGAAGUGCAUCUCAGUAGGCCACAGAAUACAAUGUUUGGCGUGAAUAAUAAUUGUACCUAUGCAGAGUUAGUACGAGUUGGACUAACCAAAAUAUCAGAAGUAGGACUCCGCCGUCGACAGCUUAUAAAAUGGCAAUAUAGAAAACCACGAUGCCGACGUGAUAUCUUGAGUGCCUCUAGCGUAGACAUCUAUGAAUUUGCACCACAUUUGAUACUAUUAUUAUUUGGACUUUUAUUAGCUAUGUUUAUGUGUAUUUUUGAAACUCAUGGAAAUCGGGGAAAAAUUAAAUUAUGGCAGAAAAUGUAUUUAAAGAAAAGGAGAACAAUCUUAUGA